AUGCUUGAAGAUGAUAUCCUAAUCACAGAAGAGCUAACUUCUGAGAAAAAGAAUCAAAUGUAUUUGAAGUUGGUUGAUUCAACAAUAGGUCGUGUGUUUGGUCUUGGAGCUCUUCUUAGUGAGGUUUCACUCAAUGGUAAAAAGCCAGUCACCAUUGAAAGCAACUUAGAAAAUGAUGAGUUCAAGAAAAAGGUACAAGACAUUUCUCAAGAAAAUGAAGAUAUCAAAGAAAGGCUGAGCAAACUUGACGGCUUGGAGAAAAUGAUUGCGAUUCUUUGUCCAGCUAUUCUAUCCACCGAUGAAAAUCUUAUCUCAAAUCCAAAUCUUUUUCUCUCCAUUGCUCUUCUUCUCUUCAUCACAUCCUCAUCAAUCAAAAUUCUCAAAUCAUACCAACUUAGAUUACAUAAAAAAUCAUGCAAUCUCACACUAUACAAAAUCCUUUGCUACAUUUCUCUAUCUCCUUACGCCUUAACUAUCGAGUCCAACCCUCAAAAGCUCACCGUCACCGCCCUCAAUCUCACCGUCUUUUUCGCUAAAUCCGCAACUAAAUACAUCAAGAACAUUCCUCAUAGCGGAAACGGGCUAACACGUUUUGAAGCGGGUGCGGUUGCUGAUUGCCUAGAGGAGAUUGGAGACUCAGUGAGUGAGCUCCAAGAUUCGUUGAGAGAGCUGGAUUCGAUUAACCACAAGGAUAGUUCGAAAUUUGAGAUGGUUAUGUCGGACGUUAAGACAUGGGUCAGUGCAGCUCUCACCAAUGAUGAUACAUGUAUGGAUGGUUUCGGUCAAAGCGCUGGAGCCAAAGCGGCAGUGAAAGAUUUGGUUAGGGGACAUGUUAUUAAGGUUUCUCGGAUGACUAGCAACGCGCUUGCUCUCAUUAAUAUGUACGCGUCUACAGAUGUACACUGACCAUACAUGCUCAUGAUACACAAACUUAGUUUUUACUUAUCUUUUAUUGGCAAAAACUGCUUAUAAUUGUUUGUAUCUACAUUAUGUACUUGUUAAAUAUUUAUGUAAUGUAAAUUUCUG